AACUUGGGCAGUUCAUUCGGAGACGUGAUAUGGACGGAUGAGACCUCAGUACAAUUGGAAUCGCAUCGCCGCUUUCAUUGCUAUAAGAAGGGCCAAAAACCCCGGUAUAAACCCCGUCCAAAACACCCCGUCAAAGUACACGUUUGGGCUGGAAUAAGUCGGAGGGGGGCAACUGGUGUUUGUAUAUUUGAAGGGAUCAUGACGGCUUCCGUUUACAUAAAGAUUCUUGAGGAGUUCCUUGUUCCUUUUAUCCGGGAUGUUUACCCAUCGGGUCAUGAAUUCAUGCAAGAUAACGACCCAAAACACACUUCUCGCCAAGCAAAGGAGUUUUUUUCUCAGCAUUCAAUUAACUGGUGGCGAACCCCUCCUGAGAGCCCUGAUGCAAAUCCAAUAGAGAAUUUAUGGCAUGAGCUAAAGGAAUACAUUCGGAGGGUUACCAAGCCCAAGAGGAAGGAGGAGCUGGUUAGUGGAAUUCUACGUUUCUGGUCCACUGUGACACCGUCCAAGUGCCAGAAGUAUAUUUCACACUUAGAUAAGGUUAUCCCUGAAAUGAUAAGAGUGAAUGGAGAAGCAACGGGGUUUUAACAUCUUACAAGUAUAACAUUUCCACCCCAGUCUACCAUUUUUGUUAAGUGUGGCUAUUAUUGGAUGUACACCUACGUAUAUAGCUGUAUCUAUAGUGAGUGUUGUCAUGUUGUUGGAUGUCCACAUUGUCUCGCAUUCUACUAUAUAUAGCGACUGUUGUGUUAUUGGACGUCCACUCUACUGUAUGCUCAUUGUUUA